GAAUGUUCGAAUUCGAAACAAACAAGAAUUCAAUAUUUAUUUUUUUUUUUAAAUCCACCACGGUUUUUCGUUCAUUCUUAAAUCUUUAAUAUUACCCAAUCAUGUUGGAUCUUUUUGCAAUAUUCAGCAAAGGUGGUAUUGUUUUAUUUGCUGCCGUAAAUUCAUCGAUUAAAGAUUUUAAUUCAUAUUUAAAUCGUGUCAUACGUAAUGUGAUACUUGAAGAUCGUGUGGAUAAAUUUCAAAUCGAUACACUUUUAUUACAAUUUUAUCUUGAUAAUGAAUUCGAAUUGGUAUUUGUUGUUGGCUAUCAAAAAAUGCUUUCAUUGUCUUAUAUAGAUAAAUUUUUAAAUGAUAUACAACUUGCUUUUCGAGAUAAAUAUAAGAAUUUUGAUUCAAAAAAUCUACAUUGGAUAUAUACGAAUCAACGACAGAUUUCGAAUAAAAAUCAAAAUGAAGAAAAAGGAACUAUUUAUUUGGACCAAAGUAUUCAAUCUGUUGAUUCAAAUUUAAUUGAUUUUAUUCAUGAAUUCCAAAGCAUUUAUUUAUCUUGUAAUCGUUUUCAUCAACAAGUUGGCUCACGUUCACAUGCAGCCGAAAUGCGAACAUUUGAACAAAGUCAAAAAUCAAAGAAAACUGUUGCUUCAAUGAUUAUUCAAUCAAAAAAUCAUCCAAAUAAAUCGGAAACAACUAAAAACCAAUCAAAUCAUGUUAAUGGUGAUAUUGAAGAUAAAACAUUAAAUAAAGAUGAAAUAUUGAAAAAAUUGGCUUCAAAAACGACUAAAAUUGGAUCGCCUAAAUCAAAAAAACCAUCGAAACCUGAGCCAAAAAAGAAAGUUAAAAAACCAACAGUCUGGGAAUUUGGUGGCAAAAAUGAUACCAAUCUGGAUUUCAGUAAAAAAGAUGCAGAUGGUCGUCCAGAAUCUUCGGUAAUACGUAAUAUGGCAAAUUCGGCAAUGAUUGACAAAGAUCUUGAUAUGCAACCAGAUUUGGAUUUUGAUGUAAGCGAUGAUGAUGAUGAUGAUGAUGAUGAAAAUGAUGCCGUAGAAAAAACAUUGCCAACAAAAUCUGGAUUUUUUGGCUCCAUCAUGAAUUCAUUUUCAUAUAACAAAACAUUGGCUAAAGCGGAUUUAGAUCCAAUUUUAGCUAAUCUACGUGAUCAUUUGAUAGCAAAAAAUGUUGCUGCUGAAAUCGCUACCAAACUUUGUGAUAGCGUUGCAAAUAAAUUAAUCGGCCAAAAUGUCAAUACUUGGAUCGGCUUAAAAUCAUUUGUCAAGAAUGCAUUGGAAGAAUCUAUCCUGAGAAUUUUGUCACCAAAUCGUAAUCUAAAUAUUUUACGUGAAGUACAGAUGAAAAAUGAUUCCGGUAAUCCUUAUGUGAUUGUAUUUUGUGGCGUCAAUGGUGUUGGUAAAUCAACUAAUUUAGCUAAAAUUGCCAAUUGGCUAUUGCUAAAUGAUAAAAAAGUAUUGGUAAUUGCAUGCGAUACAUUUCGUGCCGGAGCUAUUGAACAACUUCGAACACAUAUUCAUGCAUUGAAAAAUAUUCAUGAAAAUCAUGGUUCAUCGAAAAUUGAUCUUUAUGAAAAAGGAUAUGGAAAAGAUGCUACAGGUAUUGCUAUGGAAGGUAUACGUUUUGCAAGUAACAAUAAUUUUGAUGUUUGUUUGGUGGAUACGGCUGGUCGAAUGCAAGGAAAUGAACCAUUAAUGAAACAAUUGGCUAAAUUGAUUAAAGUUAAUGAACCAGAUUUAACAUUAUUUGUUGGUGAAGCACUUGUUGGUAAUGAAGCUGUUGAUCAAUUGGUUAAUUUUAAUCGAGCUUUAUUAGAUAAUGGCUGUCGUAGUGCUGCAAAUGAUAGUGUUUCAGCUAUCAAUGGUAUUGUUUUGACAAAAUUCGAUACAAUUGAUGAUCAAGUUGGUGCUGCUAUUUCAAUGACUUAUAUAACUGGUCAGCCAAUUGUUUUUGUUGGAGUUGGACAAACGUAUCGUGAUUUAAAACAACUUAAUGCUCGUGCUGUUGUUAAAGCAUUGAUGAAAUGAAAAACACAAUCAAAACAAAAAAUGGCUUGAAUUUCCAUUCCUUUUUCUAUUUCUCCUAAUUUACUUUGUUGCCUUGUUUUUUUUUCAUUAUAAUUUUUGAAUGAAUUCCAUAUUUAAUCGUUUGUUUAUCUGCUUU